AAUCUCCACUUGAAUGCGUGUGGUUUAUAUCUCUGUUGGCUAUGAUCCCAAGAAAAAGAACUCUCACAAGCACAUAUGGUUCUGCAGCUUGCCACUAUGCUGCAAGGAGAACCCCUAGACUCCGCCGUCUCUCGUCCACUUUCCUUCAUUCACUGUUCUCCCUGAUCCUCUAUUACUGUUCUUGAUAGCCUCUAAAACCUUGCUAUGUUAAACCAUCAAACACCUUCCACCACCCAUCAACCCCAGGACGAUCAAGAUGAUGACGAGAACAUCAGAGAAAUCCACGCUUUAACCCCAUCUCACACUUCACACACCGCCAAUCGUGCUCAUCGCAGAGAAGCUUUGGACACACACGGCCGCCCCUCGUCGUCUCUGUCCGUGGCCAGCACGGAAGGAGCUUCCAGCGAGAAUUUCACCAGCAUGAGCAGGGAAUUCAGUGCUCUGGUUCUCGCAGGGUCUAGUAUUGAUCCCAACAAUGACAGCCCCAUUGAUGUGCAUGACAAUGAAGGAGGCAACAAUCUGGGGAGAAUUGGAGAAGAGGAUUUGAUGGAGGAGACGAAUCCGCUGGCGAUCGUGCCUGAUAAUCAUCCGUUGGACCCGGUCCCGUCUCCGAGGAGGGGAGGAGUGGCCGGUGCGUCGUCGUCGUCGGCAGUGGCGGCUGCGUCGGGCGGCGGGAGUGGGCAGGGUGAAGUAUCGGUGCAGAGGGUGAAGAAGGAGGAGGUGGAGGCGAAGAUAUUGGCGUGGCAGAAUGCGAAGGUCGCGAAGAUCAAUAACAGGUUCAAGAGAGAAGACGCUGUGAUCAAUGGAUGGGAAAGCGAGCAGGUCCAGAAAGCUACUUCAUGGAUGAAGAAAGUCGAGAGGAAGCUGGAGGAGAAAAGAGCAAAAGCAUUGGAGAAAAUGCAAAACGAGGUAGCCAAAGCACACAGAAAAGCAGAGGAGAGGAGGGCAUCGGCAGAGGCUAAAAGGGGAACCAAAGUAUCAAGAGUCCUCGAGAUUGCCAACCUCAUGAGAGCUGUUGGAAGACCUCCUGCCAAACGAUCCUUCUUCUAAGCUCUUCAUUAUCGAUCUUAUAUAUAUAUCAUUCCAAACCAAAUUUCCCAUCAAACAUGUGUGUGAUCAGAGAGCCCCUUUUGCUCUCCUAAUUAGAGGGUUUUACUAGAGGGCUUGCAUUAUAGCUUAAAACAGAGAAUGGAAGGAGAGAAAGAUGAUGAUUUGGAUACGUGUAACGCGUUUGAAUGAUUGGUUACACUGGUGGUUACGUUUGUGAGGUUAAUCGUUUUGGGCUUUGUAUAUUAAUGUAUUGUAUCUUUAUUUAGUUGGCACCCACUUGUUGAUAUUGCUCACACGUAAUAAAUUGUGAGAUUAUGCCUUGCCAAAUCA